AUGAUAUUCACUAUACCCAGGGCGAUAUUCCGCUUCUUUGCGCUAUCUUUCAUAAUAUGGCUUGUCCUCACCACCAUCCUCCCACAAACUACCAUGAAAUACUCCAAUAACCAAGUACGAACCAACAAGUUUAGGCGAUCGCAGUAUCCCUACAAUUCCAUAACUCUGCCUACACCAUUGCCCAUAGCCAACAGCCUGGUGUAUUUCAUAAUAGCCCACCCCGACGAUGAAGUCAUGUUCUUUUCGCCAUCGGUAGUGGAGAUCUCCAAGCUGAAGUACAACAACUCAGUGAAGUUGGUGUGUUUCUCCCGUGGUGAUGCUGUGGAUGAAUCCAUGGGCAGAAUUAGAAGGAAUGAGUUGUAUGACAGCGCGAGAAUAUUGGGUGUUCAAGAUGUCACGGUGUUGAAUUACCCCGACGGUAUGAAUGAAACGUGGGCAUUACUGGAUAUACGACAAAGCUUGAAAGAGAAUGUGAAGCCAGUUGAAGGAAAACCGACUGUGUUGAUUACAUUCGACGAAGGUGGUGUGUCUAGUCAUGCUAACCACAUUGCAUUGUACCAUGGUACUAAAAGCUAUUUCAAGAGAAACGGAAACGCCACGUCUACUAGAUUGCUUGUUCUCAAGAGUGUGAACUUUUGGGAAAAGUAUAGUUUUACUUUAUUGACUGACGUUGAACUAUUUGUGGAUCACUUGUCCAGUUUUAUUAGCAAGGUGGUUAACUUUAAUAUCAAUGUAAGCUUCUUUACUGCAGCACCUUCAAGCUCCAUCAAGAUUUAUUCUGAUUUGAACAUGUUGAGUGUUAGUUAUGCUGCCAUGUGCUAUGGCCAUUUCAGUCAAAUGGUAUGGUUUAGAUAUGGAUGGUUGUUGUUGAGUCGAUAUUUGACCUUUAAUCAUUUAAUAGAGUUGUAG